CUCAGGAGGUCUCACUCUUACACAUUUUCCACUCCUCACCUUCGUCAUCAUCAUAUCACCAUCAUGACUGACUGGACCGACUGUCUGAACUUCGGUAUCUCUAUCGCCAAACAGGCCAGUGAGGUGGUUCUGUUGGCGUUCCAGCAGCAGAAAGAUGUGAAGCUUAAAAGUUCUCCGGCUGAUCUGGUGACAGAAACGGAUCAACAAGUCGAGAAGAUCCUCAUCUCUGCCAUCAGGAACAAAUACCCAGAUCACAGGUUCAUAGGGGAGGAGUCAGUGGCGGCAGGUGAGCGUCUGGAGCUGACCGACAGCCCCACCUGGAUCAUCGACCCCAUUGAUGGGACUGUGAACUUCGUACACAGGUUUCCAUUCGUGGCCAUCUCCAUCGCUUUCACCGUCAACAAGCAGACGGAAUUUGGCGUAGUUUACAGCUGCGUGGAGGACAAAAUGUUUUACGCUCAGAGAGGAAAAGGAGCGUUUGUGAACGGAGAACCUCUGUAUGCCUCAGGACAGGAAGAUGUCAGCAGGUGUGUGGUGGUGACGGAGAUCGGGGCAGAACGUGAUGACCUCUCCCUGUCCACCAUGACCUCCAACAUCUUCAGGCUGCUCCAACUUCCUGUUCACGGUGUUCGUGCGAUGGGGACGGCGGCGGUCGAUAUGUGUCAGGUGGCGACGGGUGGAGCUGAUGCUUAUUAUCACAUCGGGAUGCACUGUUGGGACAUUGCUGCCUCUGCCAUCAUUGUCCAGGAGGCAGGAGGUGUUGUCAUGGAUACUGACGGCUCAGACUUUGACAUGAUGUCCAGGAGAGUCAUCGCUGCCAGCUCCUCAGCUGUGGCCAAUAGCAUCGCUCAUGCCAUUCAGGCAUUUCCAUGUCGCCGUGACGAUGAGGACCCCUGCAGGUGUGUCUGCGGAGCGAAUGGAGUGUAG